GGUCAUAGAAGCCCCAUGGGGAGGGCAGUAGUGCAGGGAGCCCUGAGCCCUACAGUGGAAAGCCUGCAUCCUCUCCCACCCUGCAUACAAAUCUUGGGGGCACAUGUACCCCCAUGCCUCUUCCCCAGCAGUGCACAGAGAGGUGGGGAACCAGCCCCCCUGUGCCUCCCAGACAAGCUACCUAUGGCUCCAUCCCACUUCCCCAGCUAGGCCUUGUGGCUGUGCAUUUCCACCCUGGCCCUGGGGCCCAGGCCCCACAUACCCCUUGGCUGGGCAGUAUCCCCAGGCCCACUCCCUCCCUCACCAUGGAGACCUCAAUCUGUGCCCCCUCCGCCCCCACUCCGUAAGCCUUCCCCUCUUAGAUUUACCUGCAGGCAGCUGGGGGAUCUGCUCUCCAUUGUAUUGUUGGCCAUGUGCACGUGUAUGCACACACACAUGCACAUGGUACCCCCUGCAUCCUGCUCCCCACAGCUCCAAGCAGGCCCUUGCAGGCUGGAACUCUGCCAGCCUGCAAGGGGAAACCAUAGUUUCCCAAGUUUUUCUCCUUCAAAGGAAUAAAUCUGUGUUUUUCCAUGGAGAAAAGAAAACCCAGAUCCCUGCACAUGAUACUGAGAUGAUAGAUGACUGUGGCGAGGGGAAUCUGGGACAAAUGCUGUCCCAGAAUCAUUCAGUCCGGGACCAGGACUUUAUGUUUAUAUUUCAGGACUGUCCUGCCCAAUUAGGGAUGGGUGGUUACCUUAAGUAUACUAAAAGCAACUACUUUUCCUGAAAAGCAGGACACAGCUUAGUAAUCAAACCUCAUGGCCACUAAACAGGGCAGAGCAACUCUGGUGUUUUUAUAGGACAAUUCAAAAUAUUCCAUGUGGUGUUUUUUUUCUGACUGAUUCUCAUAGUUAAGAGGAAGAUGACUAUGUCUGAUGUUAUUGCUGGAACAUCUUUUCUGUUUACUAUGGUAACUUGUCUAGAACUUCCACACUUCAUCCUGCAUUAUAGAAUCCUUCUCCUUUAUGACUCAGUAUUUAUUAAUUUUCACAAGAACUAGAGGCUCAGUUUAAAGGUGCCAAAUUGAGAUAGAGAAAGGUAUGUUAUAAGCUUCUGUUUAUUCAAAGAACAGGAACAGUAUAACAUAGGCAAUGGCAGUGCGAGAUUCCCUACACAGACCAGUACUUGAGCCAUGAUGCCAUGGCACUCUGCAAUACCAUGGGAUUCCUUUAAGAGUGCUGCACAAGAUUAGCACUGUUAAGUAUCUAGACACCUACACGAUUGACACUAUAAAUCAAUUCUAGGUGGGCUCCAGUCAGCUUGAACAUGAGACGCAAUUUAAAAUUAUAAAUAAUAUGUGCAAAUGAUACACGUAUGUUUAGACCACCUUCUUUACACAAGUGGUUCGAGUGAUAUACUGGGCGUAUCUACAUGAGACAUUGACUGCAGAGCUGCCUGAUUAGCUCUGCAGUAAAGUCUCAGCAUCUACAUGUGCUAGGCCUAUUAGGCUGCAGGAAACUAAUCAACUCUGUCAUUAGUAUUUGUAAACACAAGUACUAUCUUAUGGCAUGGUUUAGUGAACAGCAAUGCACAUGUAGACACUGAACUGGCUGGUUGCCUCCUGGCUAGCCCCACACUGGAGCACCCUUGUGCCCCAGUCGGCCCCUCCACAGCACAUUGAGCUGGGUCGGAGCAGCAACCUGGGUCCCUGCCAGCUGGGGCUGCUCUGACCCAGCUCAAUAUGCUAUGGUCCCAGGCACACGUGUAAACAUGGUGCCUGGGAACAAUAAAUUCUGGCAUGGUAUGCAUCAGAGUUUAUUGCAUCGCAUUGAUUUCAUGUGUAGACGCACCCACAGAGGAACUAUUUAUGGGUGUGAGACAGGCAGGGUUUGGCCCUAAACAUUAUUUAUGUUUUACCAGCUGCUUCUGAUGCCAUAUGUCUGUUAGGGUGUACAUAGUCAUGGGUUUGUGCAAUUCAUCAAGUUGUUUGGAGAGGCGUUUGGAUGAAAGAUGCCUAACGCACUAGUCAAUACUGUCACAUUGUUUCCUUGUAGUCCCCCACUGGUCUGUCUGUAUCAGCUUAUUGUCUCUGGUCUCAUACUUAGAUUUGGUGCUGGAAGCAUCUUUUGGAUUUGUGUUUGUACAGCAUAAUGUACAUAAUGUAAUCUCCAUCCAUAACUAGGCUGCUCGGUGCUAUGGUAAAACACAGAAAAAAAUAAUUCUAGAAUGGCAACGCUGCUAUUGUUAUAAGACUGAUGUGUGGGCUCCUGUUUUGAGCAAAGGAUGUAGCACUACGAGUGACUGAGAACUCUAACUCUGGCUCUCAUAUUCCGGGCCACAGACUGCAAACCCUUACUCAUGUGAGUAAUGCAUUGAAGACAGUGGUUUCCCUCUAUAUAAAAUGAAGACAGUGCUUACUUUAUAAGUAAGGCUAAAUUGUCUGAUGCUUGCAAAACAUGGAUUUGCAUAGGAGUGAAGUAUGGUGAGAAAUAUCUGUAACUUUUUCUUGUAUAUGUAUGAAGUGUGUUGUUACGUGGUAAAUACUAAUCACAACAUGCAAGAGCUAGUAAUUAUUUCUCAACUUACCUAAUGCUAGAAUUAAAAAAAAAUCACAACACAACCAUAAAACUUGAGACUAUCCACAGUCUGCUGUCAGCAAAAUACAGCUGCCUUUGCUCUAUUCUGAUGUUACUGGAAGACAAAGAGAGACAUGCUAUACAAAUUUGAAGUGUUAUUAACAAUUAUAUUACGAUCACUUGUUUUUGUUACUACUUUGAGCUUUGUCUGUUAUAAAUACAUACUUUGGAGUAGAGAUAAUACCAAGUCCCACAUGGUUAAUGUUUUGGACUGUUCCACUUUGGUCCCUUAACAGCAAUGUGGAUGAAAUGCCAUUCACAGAGAUCCAGCCCCAGGGGAGGCUGGCCAAAGCCAGUUGCUUAGCCUGGGCUGGCUGUUUGUGCAGGGAAGUUGCACACUGAGGAGAGCUGGGAGGGAGGAUCACAGUCCUGGAGCCAAUAAAACACUCACUGAGACUGCUGAACUCUGCAAAGAGUCAGAGAGAGAGGGCAAGAAAAAAGGGGAAAGAGAGAUUUGGCCUUGCAAAUAUCACAAUGAGGGAAAUAGUGCACAUCCAGGCUGGCCAGUGUGGAAAUCAAAUUGGAACAAAGUUUUGGGAAGUGAUCAGUGAUGAGCAUGGCAUUGACCCAGCGGGAGGUUACAUCGGUGACUCAGCAUUGCAGCUGGAGAGAAUCAAUGUCUACUAUAAUGAAUCAUCUUCCCAGAAAUUUGUUCCCAGAGCAGUUUUAGUGGACUUGGAACCAGGAACCAUGGAUAGCGUGCGAUCAGGUCCAUUUGGUCAACUCUUUCGACCCGAUAAUUUCAUCUUCGGACAAACAGGUGCAGGAAAUAAUUGGGCCAAAGGACAUUAUACAGAAGGAGCAGAACUGGUAGAUUCAGUGCUUGAUGUAGUAAGAAAAGAAUGUGAACACUGUGAUUGCUUGCAAGGAUUUCAGCUCACUCAUUCCCUUGGAGGAGGAACAGGUUCUGGCAUGGGAACACUACUCAUCAGCAAAAUCCGAGAAGAAUAUCCAGAUAGGAUAAUGAAUACAUUUAGCGUCAUGCCUUCUCCAAAAGUCUCUGACACAGUGGUAGAGCCUUAUAAUGCCACGCUCUCAGUCCACCAGCUGGUUGAAAAUACGGAUGAAACUUACUGCAUCGAUAAUGAAGCUUUGUAUGACAUCUGCUUCCGCACCUUGAAGCUUACCACCCCUACAUACGGAGAUUUAAACCACUUGGUGUCUGCUACAAUGAGUGGAGUUACCACAUCGUUGCGUUUUCCAGGCCAGCUGAAUGCUGAUCUUCGGAAGCUGGCAGUAAACAUGGUCCCAUUCCCACGCCUUCACUUUUUCAUGCCAGGCUUUGCUCCUUUGACAGCCCGGGGUAGCCAGCAAUACCGAGCACUCACAGUUCCGGAGCUCACUCAACAGAUGUUUGAUGCUAAGAACAUGAUGGCAGCCUGUGACCCAAGACAUGGACGAUAUUUGACAGUGGCCACAGUCUUCCGAGGUCCCAUGUCCAUGAAAGAGGUUGAUGAGCAGAUGCUGGCCAUCCAAAAUAAGAACAGCAGCUACUUUGUGGAGUGGAUCCCAAAUAACGUAAAAGUGGCUGUUUGUGACAUCCCACCCCGUGGCCUCAAGAUGGCCUCUACCUUCAUUGGUAACAGCACAGCUAUUCAAGAGCUUUUCAAAAGGAUCUCUGAGCAGUUUUCUGCCAUGUUUAGGAGAAAAGCCUUCCUCCACUGGUUUACAGGAGAAGGAAUGGAUGAAAUGGAAUUUACAGAAGCAGAAAGCAACAUGAAUGACCUGGUUUCGGAAUACCAGCAGUACCAAGAAGCUGCAGCAAAUGAUGGAGAGGAAGCAUUUGAAGAUGACGAGGAAGAAAUCAAUGAAUAAAACCAAUUAUCUUAUAGCAGGUCAAAAUUCUUAUAUCUGGAUUUCUAAAAUUAGGUUUAAAAAGCCAUAUUUAGGUUCCAAAAGAAAAAUGAAAAUGUAGUUGAUGAGGGUGUGCCCAUUUAGAUUCUGCUAACUUAAGCAGGACCUGCAAAAGCUUAGCACCUCUGAAAUUCAGGCCAUUUCUAUUUAGGAGCUUAAUUUUAGGUGCCCGAUUUUAGAAUUUUGGCAUAAGAAUCUGUCCAAGGAAAUCACUAGAUUUCUUCAAAUAAGCAAAACUGUCUUUCACAGAAAGUUGUACAAGAGGCAGAAGGGGAAUGGGUAUACAUUUGGGAAAAAGGCUGAACUGUUUUAAUCAAACUGAGAACAGCAAAAACUGGUGGAUCUUCAAAGUGUAAAAAUACGGCACUGAAUGUACAGUACUGAACUUCCAAGAGCUAAAAUCUAUUAAUACAGAGAAAGAAAUGUUUUAUCCAUGUUCAACUCUUUACAUAGUAAAUCUUGAUACUAAUAUUUGACUUCAGACAUUUAACAGCAAAACUAAAUAAAAAUAAGUAUCCUCUCAA